AUGUUGCACUUGAAAAUUCAUCAUAGAGGAAGACCAUAUCAAUGUAACAAAUGUGGAAAGGCCUUCAAUACUGGUGGAAGCCUCAUUGAACAUCACCGAAAGCAUACUGGAGAAAAGCCCUAUGAAUGCUCUGAAUGUGGAAAAGCAUUUAGCCAUAAACCGUAUCUUAUUCAACAUCAGAAAAUUCAUACAGGCGAGAAACCUCAUAAAUGUAAUAAGUGUGGGAAAACCUUCAGGACCCGAACACAACUUAAUAGACAUGAAAGAUUUCAUACUGGCGAAAAACCCUAUGAAUGCAGAGAUUGUGGGAAGGCCUUGAGUGAUAGCUCAUCCCUAAUUGAACAUCAAAGAAUUCAUACUGGAGAAAAACCCUAUAAAUGUACAGAUUGUGGAAAGUCUUUUAGUAAGAGAGCCCGUCUCACUCCACAUCAGAGAAUUCAUACUGGUGAAAAGCCCUAUGAAUGCAAUGAAUGUGAGAAAGCCUUUCGGGAUAGCUCAUCCCUUAUUAACCAUCAGAGAAUUCAUACUGGAGAAAAGCCUUUUGAAUGUAAGGAAUGUAGGAAAGCCUUCAGUCGGAAAACAAACCUUACUGUUCAUGAGCGAAUUCAUACUGGAGAGAGACCCUAUGAAUGUCAUGAAUGUGGGAAGACAUUCAGUCAGAGGUCUAGCCUUAUUCACCAUCAAGUUAUCCAUCAUGGAGAGAAUGGCUACAAAUGUAAUGAAUGUGGAAAAGCCUUCAGUAUUGAAGCACACCUGAUUGAACACUGCCGAAUACAUACUGGGGAAAAACCCUAUGGAUGCCAUGAAUGUGGGAAAGCUUUCAGCCGAAGAGAGAAGCCUUAUGAAUGUAGCAAAUGUGAGAAGUCCUUCAGUGACAGAUCAUCCCUUAGUCAACAUCAUAGAAUUCAUACUGGAGAAAAACCCUAUGAAUGUAAGGAGUGUGGGAAGGCCUUCAGUCAGAGAACUCAACUUAAUAAACAUCAGAGAAUUCACACUGGAGAAAAGCCCUAUGAAUGUCAUGAAUGCAGGAAGACCUUCAUUCAAAAAUCUGGUCUGUCUUACCACCAGCGAAUGCAUCCAGAAGGGAACAAUUAUAUAUGUAAUGAAUGUGGCAAAGCCUUCAGUAGGAAUUCUUGCCUUAUUUAUCAUCAGUUUAUUCAUGAUAGGAAGAAACCUUAUGAAUGUAAAGUAUGUGGGAAGAUCUUCCCUUAUAACUCAUCUCUUAUUGAACAUCAGUUCAUUCAUAUGGGAAAAAAAUCUUUUGUAUGCAAUGAAUGUGGAAAAUCCUUUUUCUUGAGCAAAAGCCUUAAAAGACAUGAGAGACUUCACGUGGGAAAAAAGAUUUUAUGA